AUGGUCGGCUGCCUGGAGACACGACAACUACUGGUCACAUUGCUAUUGGCCCUUGGCUUUUGCCUUGGCGGUUCGAAGGAUGCAGUUCCGGACGCGGAUGCCAAGUGGAUGGCCCCACUCAAGCAGUAUGGAUAUACGCCGCAGCAUCUGAAGAACAAAGUGGAGCACGGUGAAUUCACCACCUUCGAACUGGGCACCCCCAACUACCAGAUCCUCAAUCCCGAAGACGAACCGGAGUACAUAACUGCGGAUCAACCGCAUUACCAGGAGAUGCUGAGGCGACUUACCAGUGGCAGAAGUGCAGCUGAGACCAUUGAUGUGGAAAUGGCAAGUCGCACGGAUGCAGCUCAAGCUGUUUCAGAUCAAAAUCAAUCCAAGAAACCAUCGAAAAUUCAAGUGACAGUUAAACCAAAGACACAACUAAAACAAAAUCGCACGGAGAAACUGAGGAAGCGCAGCUCCAUCGUAAGGAGACGUGACCACAAGGAAACCAUGGAGCAAAGUUUCUUCUCGGAUUUUCAGGUUUACCGAGGUUUACCCUUCCAAAGUCGUGUGGCCAAUCUUAAUUAACCAAAAAUUAGUCACGUCAUAGAAAUUUGGAAAUUUGAUUUUAUGUGAUCUCUGGUGAUUUGGAUAAUGAAUAAAUUGUACCUGGUAAUUUGAA